AGUUGGAAAGCAUUAUUCCAAAGUUUAGAAAGACAAACAACACUACAGAAAAUGGCAGCCAAAGUUUUCGUUCUCUGCGCCAUCGCUCUUUUCACUCAGGGAGCAGUAUGCCAGUGCCUCGGCCUUAUGGGCUCUGGUUUGGGUUCCCUUCGUACUGACAUCACUUUCGAUGGCCUAGCCUAUGACGGUCUGGCUUAUGGACCUGCCUGGAACACUGGUCGUCUUGGCUGUGGAGCCAUUGCCCCUGCCUACGCUGACAUCGCCGCCGCCAGCACCCUUAACGCCGCCUACGGUGGUGGUCUUCCCGUCGCCACUGCCUCUGCCGCUGCCCCCACCGGCCUCGCUGUCGCCUCUGAGAACGUGUACGAGGGUGCUGUCGCCGUGGCCGGUAACCUGCCGUUCCUCGGCACCGUGGCUAUGGAGGGAGUGUUCCCGACCGCCGGCGCCGGCGCAGUGUCCUACGGUUGCGGUGACGGCGCUGUCGCCAUCACCGCCGAGGGUCCUGUUGCUGGUCCCGCUGCUAUCGCCCCCAUGGCUCCCCUGGCUGCUAUGGGUCCUGCCGCCGCUUACGCUCCCUACGGUACUGCUUACGGUUAUGCUGGUCUCCCAGCACGCACCUGCGGCUGUGGCGCAACUUACAUAUAAGUUGUUGAUUUUUUAUAUCUUGUAAUAAACAAAACAUUUUUUUUAA